UGGGGCUGACAUGGCUCUCCACCCGGACGACUCUUUCCCUUACCAGGGCCUCCUGCCCAAGAAGGAGACGGGCGCCGCGUCUUUCCUGUGCCGUUACCCGGAGUAUGACGGCCGGGGGGUUCUGAUCGCCGUCCUGGACACCGGGGUGGACCCGGGCGCGCACGGACUGCAGAUCACGAGUGAUGGAAAACCCAAAAUUAUUGACAUCAUAGAUACCACAGGGAGUGGGGAUGUGAACACAUCCACAGUAGUGGAGCCAAAAGAUGAGAAAAUUAUUGGCCUUUCAGGAAGGACGCUUAAGAUUCCUGAAAAUUGGAUAAACCCAUCUGGAAAAUAUAACAUUGGUCUCAAAAAUAUGUAUGAACUUUACCCUAAAGUGUUAAAGGAAAGGAUACAGAAAGAAAAGCGGGAAAAACUCUGGGAUCCGGUUCAUCGUGUUUCUUUGGCAGAAGCUUGCAGAAAACUGGAUGAGUUUGACAGCACUCGUACAAAUUUGACACAAGCAGAAAAGAUGCAGCGAGAAGAGCUUCAAACGCAGGUGGAAUUGCUGAAUUCCAUGGAGAAAAAAUACAGUGACCUGGGUCCUGCGUUUGACUGCCUAGUGUGGCAUGAUGGUGAAACAUGGAGAGCCUGUGUGGACACAAGUGAAUGUGGGGAUCUCAGUAGCUGUACUGUACUGAGGAAUUACAGUGAAGCACAGGAGUUUGCCUCAUUGGGGAUAUCUGAGAUGCUCAACUACUCUAUCAAUAUUUAUGAUGAAGGCAAUACACUCUGUAUUGUGACCAGUGGAGGAGCCCACGGGACACAUGUAGCUAGUAUAGCUGCAGGCUUCUUUCCAAAUGAUCCCGAACGGAACGGCAUAGCACCUGGAGCUCAGAUUCUGGCAGUGAAGAUUGGUGAUACUCGACUUAGUACAAUGGAAACUGGAACAGGCUUGAUCAGAGCUAUGAUUGAAGCAAUAAAAUAUAAAUGUGAUCUUGUAAACUACAGCUAUGGUGAAGCUACCCAUUGGCCCAAUUCAGGAUGCAUUUGUGAAGUAAUCAAUGAAGCAGUAUUGAAGCACAACAUUAUUUAUGUAUCAAGUGCAGGCAAUAAUGGACCUUGCCUUUCCACUGUAGGGUGUCCAGGUGGAACUACAUCCAGUGUUAUUGGGGUUGGUGCAUAUGUCUCACCUGACAUGAUGGUUGCUGAAUACUCCUUGCGAGAAAAGUUGCCUGCCAACCAAUAUACCUGGUCUUCAAGAGGACCUUGCGCGGAUGGAGCUCUGGGAGUGAGUAUCAGUGCGCCAGGUGGUGCAAUAGCUUCUGUCCCAAACUGGACACUACGUGGAACACAGUUAAUGAAUGGAACCUCGAUGUCUUCUCCAAAUGCUUGUGGAGGCAUUGCUCUGCUCCUAUCAGGUCUUAAGAUUAAUGGUGUUCAUUACACAGUUCAUUUCAUUCGACGGGCUCUUGAAAACACAGCCCUGAAAGUUGAUGAUAUUGAAGUAUUUGCACAAGGGCAUGGUGUAAUUCAGAUUGAUAAAGCUUAUGAAUACCUCAUUCAAAAUUCAUCCAUGAGUAGCAGUAAUUUGGGAUUCAGCAUUGCUGUUGGAAACCAACGUGGGAUCUACCUCCGUGAUCCUGCCCAUCUGGUUUCACCUUCUGAUCAUGGAGUUGGCAUAGAACCUCUCUUUCCAGAAAAUGCAGAAAACUCUGAACGAAUAUCUCUGCAGCUUCACUUAGCAUUAACAUGCAGUGCUUCAUGGAUUCAGUGCCCCAGUCACUUGGAAUUGAUGAAUCAAUGUAGACAUAUAACUGUACGAGUGGAUCCACGUGGCCUUCGUGAAGGCGUACAUUUUACUGAGAUUUGUGGAUAUGAUAUCACAGCUCCUAAUGCAGGCCCUUUAUUUAGACUUCCAGUAACGAUCACGGUACCAAUAAGAUUACAUGAAACCUCUGGUUAUGAGCUUAGUUAUGACAAUGUUCACUUCAAGCCUGGCCAAAUUAAGCGACACUUCAUUGAAGUACCUUGGGGUGCGACUUGGGCUGAGGUCGUCAUAUCUUCUCUUUCACCUGAUGUUUCCUCGAAGUUUGUCCUCCAUGCAGUUCAGCUUGAAAAACAGAAGGCCUAUCGCACAAACGAGUUUUAUAAAUUCAUGUCACUUCUGGAGAAAGGAUCAUCUUCUGAGGCAUUUCCAGUUUUGAAUGGCAAAACAUUGGAGCUCUGUGUUGCCCGUUGGUGGGCCAGUCUUGGUGAUGUCAGUGUCAACUACAAAAUUUCAUUUCGUGGCCUUCUGUGUAGCCCUUCCCAGUUGCACAUUCACGCAUCAGAUGGAAUUACUCGUUUUGAUGUGAGUUCUACAUUAAAGUAUGAGGAUAUCGCCCCCACCAUAAGUCUCAAGAGCUGGAUUCAGUCUUUGAGACCAGUAAGUUCGAAAACGAGGCCUUUAGGCCCAAGGGAUACUUUACCAAAUAAUCGCCAAUUCUAUGAGAUUGUUUUAACGUACAACUUUCAUCAACCCAAGACUGGAGAGAUUACUGUCAGCUGUCCCCUCCUAUGUGAGCUACUGUACGAGUCAGAAUUUGAUAGCCAGCUAUGGAUGCUGCAUGACCAAAACAAAAAGCUGAUGGGCUCAGGGGAUGCCUACCCACACCAGUAUUCUCUGAAGUUGGAAAAGGGAGACUACACAAUCCGGUUGCAAGUUCGCCACGAACAGCUCAGUGAGCUGGAACGCCUUAAGGACCUUCCAAUCAUUGUAUCCCAUAGACUCCCCAACCCUCUGAAUUUAGAUGUUUACGACAAUCACAGCAAUGCACUUUUAGGCAAGAAAAAGAACAGCAGUCUAACUCUGCAGCCAAAUUCUUCACAGCCUUUCUUUGUUACUUCUCUUCCUGAUGAUAAGAUUCCAAAAGGAACGGGGCCAGGUUGUUACCUCUCAGGAACUUUAACACUGUCAAAGAGCGAACUAGGAAAGAAAGCUGGGCAGGCUGCAUCAAAGCGUCAAGGAAAAUUUAAAAAGGACAUGGUGUCUGUGCAAUAUCAUCUUAUACCGUCUCCAAAUAAGCAGAAGAAUGGAACCAAAGAGAAAGAUGUGGAUAAAGAGAAAGAUGCAAAAGAUGAGUUUGCUGAUGCUCUCAGAGACCUGAAGAUACAUUGGAUGGCCAAAUUGGACAUGAAUACGCUGUAUGAAGAAUUGAAAGAGUCUUAUCCUACGCAUCUUCCUCUAUAUGUUGCACGAUUGCAUCAUUUGGACAAUGAAAAGGACCGAAUCAAAAGAAUAGAUGAAAUUGUGGAAGCAGCAGACGAUGUCAUAUCUCAUAUUGAUCAAACUGCCUUAGCCGUUCAUCUCGCCACGAAGACAGACUCCAGACCUGAAGCUGCUGCUGUCAAGAGUGAUAUGGAGAAACAAAAAUCCUCCCUGAUUGAUGCUUUGUGCCGAAAGGGCUGUGCACUGGCAGAUAGACUUCUGCAGCUCCAUUCACAGGAUGGUGCUGCCUCAGAAGAGACAGACAAUACAGAAGAUGAUACCAAAGGCAGCUUCAAAAGCUUGAUCGAAACUUUCUCAGAAAUAAUUAAAUGGGCAGAACUCACUGAUGCUAAGGUUUUAACUUUUGCAUACAAACAUGCACUCGUGAACAAAAUGUAUGGCCGGGCGCUCAAAUUUGCAAUGAAACUUCUGGAGGAUAAGCCAAGUAAGGAAAACUGGAAAAAUUGCAUUCAGAUAAUGAAGUCUCUUGGAUGGAGCCAUUGUGCAUCAUUUACAGAGAGCUGGCUUCCAGUAAUGUAUCCACAUGACUAUACUCCUUUUUAGGAUAAUUGUCACAGGCAUCAAAUUGAUUGAAGAAAUUAAAUUUAAUAAUUUUUAUACUUUUGUCUUAUUUUCUAAGUAUUUUGGACUUUUAUACAGUAUGUUUUCAUUCAUUAAUGGAUAUAAUAAUUGUAUGACAUUUCUGUUACUGCUGUUUGCCAUGGUAUAAUACUUGAUUUAAAAAUAAAUUGUGCAUUGUUCAAUUUUCUUUCAAAGCUUAAGCAAACAAUGUGCUUAGGCCUCCUAGGUAUGAUACUAGGUGUUCUUUAGGUUUAAUUGUUACUGUUUUAAAAUAGAUAUUUAUUUAUUGAAUUGUCUGGUAUUCAUUUAUUUACAUUUAAAAUUUAUGCAUAUUUAUCAGUUAUAACCUUUUUUGCCCUCUAGUGGGCCCAACUUGUUUGUAAUAUUUGUCAUUUUAUCCCAAGACUUAAGGAAAUGAGUCUAAUUCUAAUACCAAACUAUUCCUGGGCACUUUCUUUACCUGCAAUGAAAUACCCAGACUGAAACUGAAAAAUAUUGGCAUCUAUACUUCAUACAUCAAUUUCAGUAGGCCUGUGGUGCUCAAAUUAAACUUGUGACAAUAUGGAACAGGCAAGUUAUCAAUGCAUUAUCAUAAGUGUUUAGUGAAAUUAAUGCAGUUGAUAUUUUGAUUGUCUUCUUGGGUAGUUUUCCAAUGCCUUACAGUUUCAUAUGAAAAAAAAUGCAUAUAUUUAAAGACCUUUAGUGCAUUUGUACUUUGCCUACCCCCAAUUGGCCCAAGUAUACUAUUGAAGGGGAAACAAAUUGAUAUUCAAUGCUUUAAAAUUAUCAUUACCUUGAACAAUAUGAUUCCAGUCUGUACAAAAACGAAUUAAGUACAGUGGCAUUUAACAAAUUUUGUUAAGCAACUCUAAUUUCCAAUUGGGUUAAUCAGAAAAUUAAACUUUGAAAAUUUAGAACUCUCAUCUUGAUUUAACCUGAGAGUACAGGCAAAGUUGUGACUGAUAUAGGAAUGGUUUAAUGUAAUGCAUUUAUUAAGCAAGGCAUACGUAAGGUCUUUUAAAGGUAUAAUCUGAAUAAAGCUUCGCCAAACAAGAAAAAUUGUGUUCAUAAUGGAGGUUGCAUGGGUGCAGUGCCAUGGUAUUGCUACAUUUUAAAUUAAGGUCCAAUAUUCUUGUCUUGAAUCUGAAUACCCAAGGUGCAUGUAAAGGCUACAUUGGGUAGGUUAGGAGACUUGUGAAGAUGGGUACUGGUAUCCAUAAGUCUGUGGUUGGAAGAUUUCUGUUCAAAAGCUUCUUGCAAUCGGUUCAACCAUUUUAUCAUUUUAAGAUGUGUGGUAUACCAUUUAUUGUUCAAAGACCAUGAAAACAUGAUUACCCAACUUCAAUUUAAUGUAUAAACAUGUGUAUUGUAGUUCUUUUUAAGUAAAAAAAAAAUCCAAUAUUAAAAUGACAAACCAUGAUGCAUAAAACAAAGACUUGUAUGACUAAGUUUCUAUUUUACAUAUACUUAAUGAUCUUUUCUAUAAUAUUUCCAAACUUUUAUUUUCAAUUUUGAAAUGAAAUCUUGGUAUGCCAGAAAGUACUGGGAGUUAAUAUUGUUCAAUUUAUAACCCAAAGACAUUGAAAUAUAACAUUUUAAUGUUGUGUAGCACAGUCAGGGAUUUUUUCCAUGACCUUAUGAUGUUUGGACAUAUUGCCCUUUGCCGCAUAACUACAUUUCUUGUACAAUUACUUAAAUAAGUUGAAUCUUUAUAUGAUAGAAGUGCAAGGCCUGCACAAUUUGUUAAUAACCAGUUCUAAACCAUGCAUUUUGGUUGCUAUCCAUACAACCAAAUUCAUGAAUGACAGUAAUCCCUUCAACUUUAUACAAUGGUAGAAUUGUUUCACCACUUGGUAAGAGGUCUUUUACACUUAUGCAGUUCUAAGAGUUUUGCACUACAAGCCUGGGUGCUUUGUUGCAAAUUCCCCACCUUUAGCUCACCUCAAUAAACAGAAAUCAGACUACCAACUCAUGCAGAAAAUAGUUUUGGUAUGCCACAGUUAAAAUGUUACAUGAUGUACAUAAGUUUCUGUUUAAGCUUUCAGUUCAGUGUGCCCAAAUCUGGGAAAGGGGAAUGUCUUUGGACCUACGUAGAAAUAACUGUCCACAGAACCCCACUGGUCCUCACCUACCACCCCACCAACCUCCAGAUACAUCAUAUCAUCCUUCGCCAUUUCCGCCA